GAACCCAACAAAACCAUGGGCUGCCUUGUUAAUUCUUGUCUCUCUUCUUUGUGCUGGUGGGCUUGGGCUGCCACUAUCAGAGGGCUUAAAAGACAACCGGCCAGCGGUAGUGCACACGUUGACAUACACAUAAACUACAACAUGCUCGUCAGGUUUAGGACUCUGACUUUAACCGGUCGCCAACGCCCACCCGUUCCUUCCAUCACCCGCUGCGUCAGAAGAAGAAAUUGUUGCAGCAGCAGCAAUAUGAGUGUGAAUAUGACUACGGGAGGAAGCAGCAGCAAGUCAGCACCAAUAAUUCGGGAAUUUGUUGAUGUAGAAGGUGGUGACAUCCGUUCCAGAGGCCAAUCUGAUGGUAUCAGAUUCCGUCUUGUCUCUUACAACAUUUUGGCUCAGGCGUACGUCAAGAGCUCUCUGUUUCCGCAUUCUCCAUCUCCCAGCCUCAGAUGGAAGGCUCGUUCACAGGCUAUUCUAACUCUUCUUAAAAACCUUGGAGCUGACUUCUUUUGCCUUCAGGAAGUGGAUGAGUAUGAUUCCUUUUACAAAAGAAACAUGGCGGAUCAUGGAUAUUCCAGUAUCUAUGUUCAGAGAAGUGGGCAGAAGCGCGAUGGAUGUGGAAUUUUUUACAAGAACAACUGUGCAGAAUUGCUCGGUAAGGAAACAAUAGAAUACAAUGAUCUUGUAGACUUGUUGCUGGAUGAAACCUCCUUAUCUGCUGACAAGCAGAAUGAGACACUGGCUGAUGGAAAUAAUGGUGCUCAUGCAAUGAAUGAUUCACCAGUAAAAAGUAGUCCAGAGUGCCGUGGAGAUCCCAAUGAUCCACAUGUAAGAUUGAAACGAGAUUGUGUAGGAAUUAUGGCUGCCUUUAGACUCAAGGAUCCUUUUCAUCGUGUUGUUAUUCUGGCAAAUACACAUCUUUACUGGGAUCCAGAGUGGGCUGAUGUUAAGCUUGCCCAAGCUAAAUAUCUUUUAUCACGCUUAGCUCAGUUUAAAACACUGGUAACAGACAAAUUUGAAUGUACUCCUUCAUUAAUUUUGUCUGGUGACUUCAAUUCAACUCCAGGAGAUAAGGUUUACCAGUAUCUUAUUUCUGGCAACUCUUCAUCAGCAUCAUUAAUGACAUGUUUGGAAGAACUUCCCUUUCCAUUGUGCAGUGUUCAUGCUUUCACAAGAGGAGAACCACCAUUUACAAACUGCACUCCAGACUUCACAAAUACACUUGACUAUAUUUUCUUUUCCCCUUCUGACUGCCUAAAACCUGUCAGUAUUCUUGAACUUCCAGAGUUGGAUUCACCUGAUGUUGUUGGUGGAUUGCCAAACUAUAGCCACCCAAGUGAUCAUCUGCCUAUAGGUGCUGAAUUUGAAAUUACCAAAGAGUAAUAUGUUCCAAGUUCAAAUCCAUUGAGUUCUUUUCUUACCGGAGAAUGGUGAAAGAGAUAAAAAGGCUAGAGAAAAAGCUGAGAAAUUACCCAAAAAUAUGUUCAGCAGAUUGACAGGUAAGAGCAGCAUUUGUGUGGGCUCCAAAAGUCUGUUUUUUGGGGUUAAGUUGGGGAGGGGGAUCCAAGUUUAGGAUAUCUGUUUUGGGAAUAAGGUAUGGCUUUCUAAUUUAUUUGAUAGAAGCAUUUGAUUUUACAAGACUGUAAUAAACUGACUAGUAGACAUUUUUGGUUUUGGAACUCGUUGGUAGAGUGAAUGCAAUUUUUUUAGGACAAUACUCAGAAAUUUGGAAUUGUUCUGUAAGUUGCUUUUGAGACGAUAUGAUUGGUUUCAUGAUAUUCUUGGCUAUUAGCUCUCAUGUAUGAUACUUUGGUGUUC